CAUUUGUGUUUCAGGUGUAGAGAGGAGAGUAAACAGGGAGCGGGGCUUUUGUCUGUUGGUCUCCCUGGACUGAAGAGAGGGAGAAUAGACGCCCAAGACUAAGAUUCUCAAAAUGGUUUAUUACCCAGAACUCUUUCUCUGGGUCAGUCAAGAACCAUUUCCAAACAAGGACAUGGAGGGAAGGCUUCCUAAGGGAAGACUUCCUGUCCCAAAGGAAGUGAACUACAAGAAGAACGAUGAGACAAACGCUGCCGCCCUGACUCCACUGGGCAGCAGUGAACUCCGCUCCCCAAGAAUCAGUUACCUCCACUUUUUUUAAUCGUAACACCUCCAUUUGUAUUACAUACGGUGUAUGGGUAUUGAUGAGGUCAUGGUACCACAUAUGGGAUUUUUUUCUGUGUAAAUCAUUAAGUAUAAGAGGAAACUAUGGGACUCUGAGCCUUGCUUUAGAGAAUUUACAGUGGACAAAUAGGUAUCAUCAAACCAGUUUUUAAUCAUUCUGACCCAAGUGAAAAUGCUCAAUUUCACACUGUGAAUCCACGUUUACAACCCUUACAGGUGGGCCUUCAGGCCUGGUUCGCUACAACAAUGUCUUCCACAACUCAAACUCCCACCGCGUUCACACAACCAGUCCACUCCUGCCUUUUCACUCACACAGCUCCCGACCGCUUCUUGCAGAGGCUGAGAGUCCCCCCUUUUUUUUUCAUUUAGAUGUAACAAACCUAGUAGUUUA